ACAUGAACUAUAAACUUUAAAAAGUACAUUUUCAAAAGAAAAAGAAAACAAACAAAGAUGCACAAUGAACAAAACUCCAUCUACGACGUCAAAAUCUCGACAGUCUCGGCGGGGUUCAUAUCGGGGAACGACGUGGCUCAAGAGCUAACCGAAAUGGACCUAGCCAUGAAACUUCACUACCUUCGGUUUGUCUACUACUUCAAAAAACCGGCAUUUGAUGGUUUUACCAUCUUUACAAUUAAAGAAACUAUGUUCAAUUGGUUAAACCAUGCCUACAUCCCAUGUGGGCGGAUAAGAAAGGCUGACUCAGGUCGGCCUUUCAUCAAAUGCAAUGACAGUGGGGUGCGAAUCAUCGAGGCUAAGUGUCAUUUGAGCCUUGACGAAUGGCUUCAAUCUAGAGAUGAUUCUAGACACAAAUUUCUUGUUUCUAACCAAGUUCUUGGCCCUGAUUUAGCUUUCUCUCCACUUGUUUUGAUACAGUUAACCGAAUUUAAAUGUGGAGGAACAUCGGUUGGUUUGAGUUGGUCCCAUUUGCUUGGGGAUACUAUUUCAGCUGUCUCCUUCAUAAAACUAUGGGCUCAAGUCAUUGCAGGUCAUCAACCGGCCCAAAUACUCAUUAUGGCCCCAAAACAAUCCAAAGACCAUGAUUUCCAAAACACAAACCUGAACCCAGACACAGAUCCACUUUCAGUCAAACGGGUUGGCCCGGUUGGAGACCUUUGGUCGAAUCCAAACAACUCUAAAAUGGAAACAUUUUCGUUCUAUAUAUCUAAGCCUGAAUUGACUCGGUUGCAAGAGAAAAUGUAUGAAGAGAAAGUUGAUCAAGAACUACCCGUGUUCGAGGGUAUCUGUGCUGUAAUUUGGAAAAGUCUAGCAAAAGUAAGAGAUGAAUCGGGACUCAAGGUUGUAACAGUAUGCAAAAGUGACGUGACAAAUCGAAGUAAAGGAAUUAUCACAAAUAAAAGCCAAACCAUUGGUGUAGUGAAAACAGACAUGUCUGUAGAAAAAUGUAGCCCCUUGAAGCUAGGGUUACUCAUUAAGGAUCAAGCAGACGAUGAACGCGAAAAGAUUGAGGAAACGAUGAGGAAUCUUGAUGAUUUUCUGAUUUACGGAGCCAACUUGACUUUUGUGGAUAUGAGUGAUGCCACAUUUUAUGAGAUGGAAGUGAGGGGACAAACGCCCGUUUAUGUAAACUGUUUCAUUGAUAGCAUUGGCGAUCAAGGUGUCGUGUUGGUUCUGCCAACGCCAAAAGGUGACUCGGAUGAAAGGACAGUAAGCAUAACUGUGCCUGAAAAUGAGAUGGCCAAGCUUAAAACGGUGCUUAAAGAAGACUGGUGUAUUGAAUAAAUACAUCUAUGGUUUGAUAGCACUUGCCGAGUAGGCUGUUAGUAACUUGUAAGUUUGUGUUUUGCUUGGAAUAAUGUAUGUAUAAUAGCCUAAUAGUUUGUGUGAUAGGUUAUGUUGAGUGCAUCAAAGAAAUGUAACGAAUGUCUUGUGGAUGUAAUGUAAUUCCUUUAUUCUGUUCAAAAGCUUUACCAAAA